ACGGGGGUGUGGGGAGGGCGGGCGGCGUCUGCGGGGCCGGGACGCGGGGAAGGUUUCCCCAUUGGUCAGCCCCGGGGGCUCCCGGCCCUGCAGCCGGCCCUGCGCGGCGUCCCGGGGCCUUCGGACUCGUUUUGCGGACGCUUCCCGUCCCGGGUCGUCGCUGCGGGCCCGGCUGAAGCAAAGGCAGAACGCAGGCGUUGCCCCGGGACGGAGCUGCGGGGAUUCAUUGCGACGGCACGGCCAAAAUCGAGCGCUGUGCGCCCAGCGGUGCGAACUGGGUGGGCAGAGGCUGGGCGCGGGUCCGAGGUGCUGGCGGGGCUGCUGUGCGUGAAUCCUGGUGCCGAGAUGCAGCGGGAGUGAAUGGAGCGGCUGUUUUCCUCUCUAUUGUUUAAACUGGCUUGGCUUCUGACUCUAAAAAACGCAGAACUUUUUAUUGGGAGGCGAGGGGAGGAGCCAGGCACCCUGAACCAUAAACUGCGGGAUGAGUUUAUUUUCCCCCUCCUUCGCUUUGACUCAGUUUGGGAUGUUUGCGUUUCCGUUUUAUGAGCAGCGGUUCCAUCGGCGGCGAUGGACUGAAGGGAACCGUUCUCCUCCUGCUGCCAAAGACAGGGACGAGGUGCAGCAGCGCUCAGAGCACUGAGCAGAUGAGAGCUGCUGUCUGCGAGGAGGGCGAUGCAGGAAGCCCUUGGCUUUGGCGCUUCUUGCUCUCAGAAGUUUUGAUGGCUUCAGUUCUGGUGGAAAGAAAAGCUGCUUGGGUUUGCUGUCAGCAGUUUGCAAGGUACGCCGCGUUCUGGGUGGUUUUCCAGUUUAUUUCCUCACCAUUUUUUGUUGUGCAUCCCUGCAGGCAGACCAGUCGAAGCCUGUGUCUGUCUAACGUUCAAGCUAAGCACAACAGUGCAGACUUAAGUGGGGGAGAAGGACGCUGAGAUCUUGGAUCAGCUGUGCAGUUUGGGUUUUCUUCUUUUUCUUCCUUUCUCUUUUCUGAUGGACUGUCCAGAGCUGGAAAACCCAUUUGUUUGGAGUUGCAUUGAAGCUGCCUGAAAGGUAAAUGCACAGCAGCAGGGAGCUGCUGAGCACUGGUGUUAAUGCAGGUGCUGCCUCUCAUGAAAGGAGGGCUCUUGGGAUAGGAGCAGUGCAUUCCUGCAUUGCUGCUGUUGUUUGAUGGAGGCCCCAGGAGUGCAAGGAAAUGGGAAGCCAGGGAGCUGCAGCACGGUUGGGUGCAGUGCUGAGCAGAGCAGUGCUGGCUUCCCUUCCAAAAAGUGCAAGCACUGCUUUGGGAUGUGAAAGCUGUGCAUUCUUCGCUGUGCUUCAUGAUUUAAAUAUGGCUUUCAAGCUUUGCUGGAGCUUCUUUCUUUCUCUGCAGAAGGAGAAUAGCAUUAGGAUGCACGGGGUGUGUAUGGUGGUGGUAUGGAGUGAAUCACACUGCUGUGCACCUCUCAAAAGCCGAUGUCUGUGGAGUGCUCCGAGGAGGAGGAGGAGUUUCUCAUGUCCCAGCUGCUCGUCAGCUGUUUCCUCAUGACAUCUGUUAUGAAAAUGGCUGAUGUGGGGUGGGGGAGACCCUCUGCAGCACCUGUGUUGUUGCCAGUGCUGACCACGCACUGCAGGGAAGGUCCUGCAGGGUGACUCCUUGGAGCUGUGACAGGAUAACACAGAAACAUGUACUUUCUCAAACAGCAAAACAGUGCUCCUGCCUUCAGCCCUCAGCAGAGAGUACGUUUGGACAAACAGAACUGAAAAAAACAAAGCCUUGCAGCAGCUUGGCUUGUUGUUGAGUUCUGUCUGCUUCCAUAGAUCAAACCAGCUCUGCAGCCUUUGAAAAGCAGGAGUGCUUUGGGCCGCUCCUCUCAUCCCAUGCUUGGUGGCAGCUGGGAAAGCCUCUCGCUUUGCUGGUGAUCACACGAUUAGAAAAUGUAGUGUCUGCAAUCCAAGAGGGAUAGAACUGGUUUGGGAAGGUGAGAGGUGGGAAGAUGAUUGUUUCUGGGGUUUGGUGCAAGCUCAUAUGAGCAGCAGUUGGGUGUAGCAGUCCCUCUGACCACGGUCCUCUUCCUGCUUCGUUGUUCUGAGCUCCAUGCUGGGUGUUUGCCUGGCCUCUGUUCUUCCCCCAGCUGGGAGAAAUAACUCUCUUACAGCCUGCAGAGUGCAAAUAUGCAGAACUCAGGUGGGGACCCUCCAUCUGCUCAGCAUUUCCUCAUUCCUGCUGCAUGCAUCUUCUGGAUGGAGAGCAGCAUGGCCUUGGUCUCUGUGCUCUUGAGCUGUGCAGUCAUUCCAGGGAGUUUGGAAUCUCCUGCUGCCCUCUGGGUGAUAGCAGUGGGGCUCUGCUUCUUCUGCAGUGCUGGCAGGCUUCAGGGAGGACGUUAUGCUGGAGCAGGGUGCUUGCUGUCUUACUGCACGUGUUGGAGCUGUGCAGCCCUGCUGUGUAGCUCGCUUUCCCAAGCCAACUUUCCACCACCGCCGUUUGUUUUCUCUUCAGUUUGAGCAAUCUCUGCGAGCUCAGCUGUUUGCAUCCUGGGUCAGCUCGAUGCGAGGAGGUGGAUCCAUCUCUGACCUGCUCCCGUGGUGAGGUGGGCUUUGGAUCCACCAAGCUGCCAACAGUUGUGAGCCAGGAAGGGCCUGGCCUGGCUGCACAGCCCGCUCGUGUCCGCUGGGUAUGGAGCUGGAAGCAGAGAGCACUGCAGAUGUUAUCUUUGGAUUUUGGUUCCUUCUCCAUGAGCUGCGUUGCUGCUUUGCCUUCGUGCUCCCCGAGUGAUGUGAGUCAGUUACAUAUUAAAGUGGUGACUUCAGGCUCCACCCUGGGAUAGACUCCGGUGUGGAAAUGCCAAAUAACUUGUAACUGAAAGCCAUGCAUUUCCUGCUGGGCUGAGGGUGGCGGAUCUCAUCCAGCCCCACACGUGGCUGCUGGGAUCUGAUGGAUGUGCAGCACCACGAGCCCACGAGGGACAGGAGAGUGGCUUUAUUCCAGAACACAAAAUGGACCUUUUUAUCCUCUGGACUUAAAAAAUAAACAAGGUUUUGGCUGAACAAAUGGAUCCGACCUCUUUAUUAAAAGCAUACAUCUCCCCAUGUUGCCUCCGAGAGAGGCCUUUAAAAUUGAGAGAGCUCCUUAACGCACAGAGCAGCUGACUGAAGUCAUUCCGAUAGCGUUUAUCAUCUUUCUUUUUGCUCCAUAGAUCUGGACAGCUUGUAGUUUGCUUUAUUCUCAGUGGAGAGCAGUGAGAGAAGCAGCAGAGCCCUGGGUGCUCUGCACAGAAGGAUGGAGCAGUUGGGUCGGGGCGGUGCUCGCUCCGGUAUUUCGCUCAUUUUGCAGUUGAUGGGAAGAUUCCUGUUGGUUUGGUUGGUUGAUUCCUGAACCCACCAUGAGCUGAAGCCUAUUCCAAACGCAGAGGAAAGGUCUGCAGGUUGAUGGAGGUGGAACAGGGCUGUGCUUACCUGGAUUGUGGUUUGCAGGGCUCCAGCAGCCGUUGGUUUUGGAUACCUUCCAUGUGACCCUAUGAAGGAGCAACGCAGCCAUUCCUGUGCAUCAGGAAGCCCUCCUGGUUGUGUGGGGCUCUGCUCAUUGGAGCCAGCUUUGCUCCUGUCAGCUCUGCUCUGCCCCUGCACCUCCUGCCUGGUUCCUGCACUCCCUGCGCUCGCUUUCAGUGUAAAUCCCAGAGGUGCCAGCACUGUCUGCUCCUGGCUGUGUGCGGGCUGCUGGAAGGGCUGCUGCACAAAACACACAUGGCUUGGAGCACUGGAAGGGGAAGGAGUGCAGCCACCCUGCUGCCCUCCUGGUGCUGUGAAGAAAUACAGAACAAAAGUCAGAGAUGGCAGAGGGGCAGCUUUUGGGGUUGGAAAGCACCUGGGUGCAGUGGGGAGAGCUGAGCGGCAGCAAGCGCUGUGUGCAGUGAAACGUUGUGUCUUGCACAAAGGGUUUGGAUGCGUGUUUUUGGUCAGCCCCUGUGCUCACAGCAUCCCCACGUCGGGUGCUUUGGUUUGGAAGUCUCCAUUGAAGGCUGAGCGCUGGCAGUUCUCGACAAAGCAGGUGUGCAACGCGAGGCUGGUGGAGAUGGAAGUCACUGGGGGGUGAAGGAGCAAAGCACACUGCUGGCACCCAGGGGUGCACGGUGAGGGUCCGGGUUCUGUGCUGGGUGCUCACAGCCCUUCCCAUCCUGCAGGUCCCCGCGGCAGAGAGGUGCAGAGCUGCGAUGACGACGGGCGACUGCUGCCACCUGCCCGGCUCCCUGUGCGACUGCCCGGGCAGCGCUGCGCUCUCCAAGUCGGUGGAGGAUUCGGACAUGGGGCGGCCGCAGCUCAUCACCCAGGUCACCGCCAAGGACGGCCGCCUGCUCUCCACCGUCAUCAAGGCGCUGGGUGCGCAGAGUGACGGUCCCAUCUGUCGAAUCUGUCAUGAAGGUGGAAAUGGGGAAGGACUGCUUUCCCCGUGUGACUGCACAGGAACACUGGGCACCGUGCACAAGAGCUGCCUGGAGAAAUGGUUGUCCUCCUCCAACACAAGUUACUGUGAGCUCUGCCACACAGAAUUUGUUGUAGAGAGAAGACCGAGGCCUUUGACAGAGUGGCUGAAGGAUCCCGGUCCCCGCAAUGAGAAGAGGACGCUGUUCUGCGACAUGGUGUGUUUCCUGUUCAUCACUCCCCUGGCGGCGAUCUCGGGCUGGCUGUGUCUCCGCGGAGCUCAGGACCAUUUGCAGUUCAACAGCCGCCUGGAGGCCAUCGGACUCAUAGCACUGACUAUAGCACUUUUUACAAUCUACGUCCUUUGGACGCUGGUCUCGUUCCGCUACCAUUGCCAGCUGUACUCGGAGUGGCGCAGGACCAACCAGAAGGUGCGCCUGAUGCUGCCGGCCUCCCGCAGCCCCCAUCCUGCACCCCACUCCCUGCUGUCUGCCAAGCUGAUGAAAAAGGCGGCGGAUGAGACCAGUGUCUGAGCAGCCCCUCCUUCAGGGUGAGCAAACGGGGCUGGAUCUGAGCCCGCGGGGCUGUGGGAGCGCUCAGCCCACCUGGAGGGACUCCAUCCUGUGGCCAACACAGAUUAGGAGCCUCUGCGACAUGGAGCGGCCCGAAGGAGCCGGCUGGCAGAGCAGGGGACACUUACCUAUAGCACCAUACGUGGAAAAUCUCAUAUAUAUAUAUAUAUAUAUCUAUAUAUAAUAUUAUUUUUUAAUGGCCAUGCAUAUUGUGUUUCAGUCCUUUAUGUGUCGAUGUUCUAAGCUUCAGUAUAGAAGCUGGCAGCCUGAUCUCAUUCAGAGGUUAAAUCUAUGCCUUUUCUCCAAACGAGUACGGAGCACUUCUCGUCGGCCAUCCUUGGGAGCCCCUUCUCCUUUGCACUAAAUUGGUUUUGAUAAUAUUGCAGCCACCUUUCCCGUUACUCUCUGGUCUUUUUUUGUGAAGUUUCUGUCCUUUCUAGAGAAAGUUGUGUGUUUUUAAUAAUUAUUAUAACCCCAGAAGGAGUUAAAAUGACGUAAAUGCUGAAUGGAGACGUUUUGUAUUGUAAAGUACUGUAAUUUUGAGAAUUUCAAAAUGAGUUUCAAAACGAGCAAACCUUUUCCUGUGCAGACAUGGCCUCACAGGAUGCUUUCCUUACAAGUCCUGGCUCAUCCCCAGGACUCGGAUGCUCUCAGCUCUUGGCACAUCCCACAAAGGUCGAUGGAGGGGCCGAGGGUGGGUAGCAAUGACUGAACCCCCCCCCCCACCUUUCUCUAUCAAAAGCUCAUAAUGGAGUUUUUCCACCCCAAAAAGGGGAGAGCUGGAGUCUUUUUGCUGGUGUCCCCACUCAGCCUUGAGGCCGGGCCUCUCGCUGGCAGUCCCUCAGUGGGACAUCUCAGCACAUUCCAUAUCAGCAGCCAGAGGAGCUGCUGCUGUUUGGUUCAGCCCUGAAAUUGCUGCCAGCCUGCUGUGUGUCCUCCAGCAAAAUGAUCCCCAUGUCCCAUCUCCAGGGCUGGCAUCCCCCCUCCACCCCAUUUACCUGUGUUUCCAGCACAUCUGGCUACCAGAUCCUCUGUCUCAGUGGCCGUGUCACUAUGGCAUUCCCUGCUCCUGCAGCUCCGCACCGCUGUGCCAUCAAUGCGUGUGGGCAGUGCUGUGCUCACAGACUGUGUCCCUCCUUUGCUGAGCCCAUGUGGGUCAGACAGUGCCCUCCGAGAUGGAGCCCUGUUGUUUCUUGGACACAAAGCUCCCUGUGCCAUUCCUGCUGUUUUUCCUUUCAUGUUCCCUGCCCUUUGGUUCUUUCCCUCUGCUUGACCUAGGUUUAAAGUCCCUGGUGGAUACAAGGCAGCACCCUGCCUCUCCCAGCUCUGGGCUGUGUCUGCUUCAUUUCUCUCCCAUCCCAGGAUGAUCCAUGCAGCACCUUGCAGCACCCCCUGCCCGCAGUGUUCAGGUCCUGGCAGUUUGCUGGCAGCAUGAGGCUCUCAUUCCUGCUCUCCCCAUUCCUUCCUGCUGCCUCCCCUUCCAUGCAGGUUUGCAGUGGGGCCAUACAGCAGUGGUUGUGCUCCCUCAGAAAGGCUCAGCCCACCCCUGGGUGCCACAGAUCCCCCCUCCCCCAGGUGUUGCCUCCCUCCCAGCCCCUUCCCUCGGCUGUGGGUGCUGCACCACCACGCUGUGCCUUGUCCUGGGUACCUCCAUUCAGCCCCUCCUGACAAACCACAGCCUGGGCACUUGGUGCAGCCUGGCUGCUUCCCAGGAGCUUCCAAUGCGUCCUGUUCUGGCAGUGCAUAGGGAUGAGCACUGUGUAAGGACUCGAGGGAGGAAACCCACUGAUGGUCCAAAUACUCAGCUGGGAAAGCCAGAAGUCCUCAGUUGGGGCGGAUGGGGCCCUGUGCUGCUGCACAGCCACGGCCCCACCUCUUCUAUAUUGUCUUUAUCGUGGUUGCCAAUCAUUGGAGCUGUUGCAUGUGCCCCUGCGAAACCCAACGGUGACUCUGAGUUCUUCUCCUUCCCAGAGGAGAUGCUCAGCUCAUGGAUGUGGGAAAGCAGUGUCUGACCUGGUGUCGUGGGGGAAACGGGCUGUGCAAUUCUGUAAAUAAAAGUGAGACAAACUUG